CUUUCUCCCUAUUAUUUUAUUUAUUUUCCUUUAAUUAUCAUUCUAUUAGAAAAAUGGUUGUAGAAACUAAAUAUUACGAAAUUUUAGAAGUAACAACUGAUGCUACAGAUCAUGAGAUUAAAAAAGCUUAUAAAAAAUUGGUAAAUGAAUAUAUCAUAUAAUAAUGUAUGUGUUAAUAAAUUUAUUAUAGGCUAUGAAAUAUCAUCCUGAUAAAAAUCCCGACGAAGGUGAAAGGUUUAAAGAAAUUUCUCAUGCUUAUGAAAUUCUUUCCGAUCCUGAAUCUCGGGCUCAAUAUGAUCGAUUCGGUGAAGAAGGACCAGGAGGAGGUUAUGGAGGUGGCAUGUCUGCUGACGAUCUUUUUGCAAACUUGUUUGGUGGCACGUUUAAUUUUGGAGGUGAAGCAGAUUUUGGUUAUGACAUUCCACGUCGUUCACGUAAAGGAGAAAGUAUAAAAUAUCCACUUUCUGUUAAGCUUGAAGACCUCUAUCUUGGAAAAAAAACAAAACUUGCUUUAGAAAAGAAUGUGAUUUGUUCCAACUGUGAAGGUAAGGGAGGUAAAACAGGUGCAACAAAAAAAUGCAGUGCCUGUAAAGGUCGUGGUUUCCAAUUAGCUAUGCGCCAAGUAGGUAUGGGUAUGAUUCAACAAAUGCAAGUUCCUUGUGGAGAGUGUGAUCAUACUGGUUCUGUAGCAAAGGAUAGAUGUAAAAAAUGUAAGGGCAAAAAGGUGACAGUAGAAAAGAAGUUUCUUGAAGUCUUUAUCGAAAAGGGUAUGGAAAAUGGCCAAAAGAUUGUUAUGAAAGAAGAGGGCGAUCAAGAGCCUGGAAUUGAACCUGGAGAUGUUAUCCUUGUUUUGAAUCAAAAGGAACAUGAAGUAUUUAAACGUAAAGGAAAUGAUUUGCUUGUGAAAGUCAAGAUUUCAUUAACAGAAGCACUUUGUGGAUUUGAUCGAGUCAUUAUAACGCAUUUAGACGGUCGUGGUAUUCAGGUGAAACAACCUGCAGGCAAAGUGAUUAAACCGGGUAUGAUAAAGCGUAUUCCUAAUGAGGGUAUGCCUACCUAUAAACGUCCUGAUACACAUGGUGAUCUUUAUAUUGAAUUUGAUGUUGAAUUCCCUCCUGAUAACUUUACUAAUCAGCUUGUUCAACUGGAAUCUAUCUUACCUAAGCGUACAAAGCAAACUUCUUCGCAAGAAAUUAUUGAUGAAUGUGGUUUAAUUGAUGCUUCAAUUGAAGCUUUUGGAGCAUCUAGUUAUUCACGUAAUGCAUACGAUGAAGAUGCUAGUGAUGAUGAUGAACAAAAUGGUGGUGUUCGUUGUGCUCAGCAGUAAAUAAAAUUACUAAUAAUACACUUGUACAUUUAUUGUAAUAAUAAAUAUAUAUCUAUAUGUAAAUAAACAUUAUGUAUUUAUAUAUGUAUACUGAAAGCCUAUCUAUUUUAUCUUUUAACGAAUAAAUACACAUACAAUAAAUGAAAAAAAGGGAAAAUAAUGACAAGAUAUACACCGCUGGUUUUCCAUUUACCGCGAUAUAUUUAUAAACAUAUAAAACGUAUUUAAAUACGUACAUGAAGCUAUACUUCUAAUGAAAUGUGUGGCAGCGUAUUGUCGAGGCGUAUCUUUCCUCUUCUCUUACUACCCAUCUGCUUCUAUUAUACAAGUAUCUUGACAGUCAACAAACAUGAAGCAUA